GAGAGCGAGUGAGUGUGUGCGUCUGGAGUGUGUGUCAGAGGAGGAUGGAGAGGGAGGAGGAGAUGAAGAAGAGAGGAAUAAACACUAUUUGUUGCCAACAGAUGGAGCGCAGUAUAUGAGAAGUCAAGGCGUUGGAUGAAGAUAUUUUUUGCCCCACUGGAGUCUCCUCUCUAACCCCGGCUCUCCCCGAUGUGAUCCGCGCUGAACGCCGCCGCCAGCCACCAUGUCUCGCCGGAAGCAAGGCAAACCCCAGCACUUAAGCAAACGGGAUUUUUCGCCAGCCGAACCCCUCUCCGCCGCCGUCGUCUCGUCGGAGGAGCUGUCGGAGCGCUGCUCGCAGAACUCAGAAGAGAGCAGCGGCCUCAACGGGCACCGACCGGGCUCCACUGUGGGCCGGUUGGCUCGGCCGGGUCACGGCGCUCACCCCUCCCUGGAGCAGGACCUCCUGACCUGCGGCCAGUGCCAAGCCACCUUUCCCCUGGCGGACAUCCUGCUCUUCAUCGAGCACAAGCGAAAGCGAUGCCACGGGCCGCCCUGCCUGGUGGUGGGCCGGGGGCUGGACAAGCCCCCCUCGCCCUCUCCCGGCCUGGCCCUCACCCCGUCGCCGGCGUUCGGCGCCCUGCGCAGCCGGAGGCCCGUGGAAGUUGGCGUCCAGGCCACGCUGGCGGACGACGAUGACGAGCGCUUCUCGUUGCCCCGGGGGAUUUUCCCCAAACAGGAGCUCCUCCCAGGUAAGGAGGAGCCGACCACCUAUACCUGCACUACAUGUAAGCAGUCCUACGGCAGCGCCUGGUUCUUGCUGCAGCAUGCUCAGAACACCCAUGGCUUCCGUAUCUACCUGGAGAGUGAACACGGUAGCCCUCUCACCCCACGCAUGGGCGGGCCGUCCUCCCUGGGUGGGGGCGCCGAUUGCCCUCUGCAGCCUCCUCUUCAUGGCCUCCAUCUGCCUCCUGAUGCAAGCCCCUUCAACCUCCUCCGCAUCCCUGGCUCUGGCUCAGGUGGAAGGGAAAGCGUUGGAAUAGGGUGUGGAAUUAGUGCCAUUGGCGCUGCUGGUGGGGGCCAUCCUCAGCGUUUCCCUCCCACGCCACCCCUCUUCAGUCCCCCUCCAAGGAACCACCUGGAUCCCCACCACCUGAGCCCAGAGGAGCUGGCGCUGGCAGCCCACCACCCGAGUGCCUUUGACAGGGUGCUGCGCCUGAAUGCCCCUCUGACCCUGGACCCCCCACCGACAAUGGACUUCUCGCGGCGGCUACGAGAGCUGGCCGGAAACAAUUUAGGGUCCACUCCCCCACUAUCCCCCAGCAGGCCUAGCCCCAUGCAGCGCUUGCUCCAACCAUUCCAGACAGGAGGAGCAAGUGGAGGAGGUGCAGGGGGCACCAAACCUCCAUAUCUUGCCACCCCACCCCCUCUCCCAGGCUCCAUGCAGUCACCUGUGGGUUCUCAGACCACUCCUACCACCCCUCUCCCCUCAGCAGGUGCAACACCCUCCUCCACCACCCCGUUGAAAUCAAAGUGUUGUGAGUUUUGUGGCAAGGCCUUCAAGUUCCAGAGUAAUCUAAUAGUGCACCGGCGCAGCCACACAGGAGAGAAGCCGUACAAAUGUCACCUAUGUGAUCAUGCUUGUACACAGGCCAGCAAACUGAAACGCCAUAUGAAGACACAUAUGCACAAAUCGUCCUCGCCAAACACAGGCAAGUCAGAAGAUGGCCUCUCAACCGCCUCCUCUCCGGAGCCGGGCACCAGCGAGCACUUGGGAAGUGCAAGCAAUGCCCUGAAGUCGGUGGUGGCCAAGUUGAAAAGUGAGAACAACCGCAUGCUACGAGAGAAUGGGGAGGAGGAGGAGGAGGAGGAAGAGGAGGAAGAAGAAGAGGAAGGGGAGGAGGAAGAAGAGGAGGAGGAGGAGGAGGAAGAGGAGGUAGAGGACGAAGAAGAGCAGAACAGAGAGAGGGCAGCCAGAAGAAACAACAAUAGCUAUCACUUUGGUUUGAACCUUGAAGCGCCGCGUCAGCAUGAAAACAAUGGUGGCAUCGGAAGCCGACUUGGAGGCGUUGCUGACGAGGUUUCUAUCCCUCGCUCACUUCCUGAGGUGAUGCAAGGGAUGGGCCUGGCCGCUAGCAUGCACCACUUCAGCGAGGCCCUCAGCGCACACAAACGAAAUGCCAUGGCCAAGGAGAACCACCUCCACCACCACCUCAACCAAGACCAUCACCACAAUCGUGAAAUGUGUGAUGGGGACUCGGUGUUGGAAACAGAUCGCGGGGCGGAGGGCUCGGUCUCGACAGUCAACGGACGGGGAGCAUCCCCGAACGAAUCGGCCUCUGUCGGCCUCUCUAAAAAACUGCUUCUGGGUAGCCCCACUCCUAUCAGUCCUUUCUCUAAACGUAUCAAGCUGGAAAAGGAAUUUGACCUGCCCACUCCCACAAUCCCUAACACAGAGAAUGUCUACUCCCAGUGGCUGGCUGGCUAUGCCGCCUCACGACAACUCAAGGACCCCUUUCUGAACUUUGGGGACUCCAGACAAUCGCCCUUCGCCUCUUCGUCUGAGCAUUCUUCAGAGAACGGCAGUCUGCGUUUUUCCACUCCUCCGGGCGAACUGGACGGCGGCAUGUCGGGCCGCAGUGGAACGGGCAGCGGGGGCAGCACACCACACCUGGGGGGUCACGGGCGGCCCAACUCCAAGGAGAGCCGCAGGAGUGAUACUUGUGAGUACUGUGGCAAGGUGUUCAAGAACUGCAGUAACCUGACAGUACACCGGCGCAGCCACACGGGGGAGAGACCCUACAAGUGUGAUCUGUGCAAUUAUGCUUGUGCCCAGAGCUCCAAACUUACUCGCCACAUGAAGACUCACGGUCAGGUGGGCAAAGACGUGUACAAGUGUGAAAUUUGUAAGAUGCCCUUCAGUGUCUACAGCACCUUGGAGAAACACAUGAAAAAAUGGCACAGUGACCGUCCUUUGAGUACCGAAAUAAAGUCAGAGUAGAAGGCCGAACUAUGGGACCUUUCCCCCACAGCUAUGUCCGCCAUUAGUCCCCUGUUGAUGCCCAGCCCCUUGUAGAAUUGCCCCAACCCAAACACUCCACUUUUGCCAGUCUCGUGGAAGCUUAAGACCAUGUGCUCUGCACCAGCACACCCUGUUUCCAUUACCCAUUGAAUGCAUGAUCUGUAUUGGGGCAAUACUCUUGCAUUGAAGCGAAACUUCGAGCCUUUCUCUUGUGCAAUAAUUUACAUGUUGUGUACUAUUUUCUUUUUUGAGUUUUCCUUUUCCAUUUUUAAGAAUUAGUCAGCAUGCAUAGUAUGUUUUUGCUAAUCAAAAAAAAAGAAAAAAAAAGAAAAUAACUUGUCCCUGGUUGGUUAGUUGUUGAGUAAAUGUGUUGCUGUUUUUCUCUUGUUCUGUUUUUUUCUUUUUAUUCUUCAAAAAGAGAAAAGACAAGAAAGAUACAUCCAUGCUGCAUACAUUCUGUAACACAUAUCAUGUACAGUUUUGUUUCGUAACAUGGAAAGUGAACAGUCUGUGACUCGACCCUCCUCACGCAACCCUGGAAAUGCACUCAUCCUGAUCUUUAUAAAAGACAGCAUGUUCCCACGGGGUUACAAAAAAAAGAAGAAGAAGAAAAAAACAUCCAUUAGCUUGAUAACUAAACUGAAAGUAAUAACAGCCUUCAAAAUUCUUUCAAAAAGACAAGGGUGUGCUAAGAAUUCAAUUUGUACUAUCAUUUGGUAGAAUAAGAAAGAGUGCCUUUGAUUUCUCUCGACUGCAUUGGCCAUAAUCUUAUCUGGUAUAAGUUUGGGGUCACACUAGAUCAAGCUAAAAGGUUUAAGCCACCAAGGAAAGGUCCUUGCAUCAAGCACCUGACUGCUCAAAUGGACUGUGACAAUUCAUGAUGAAAGAUCAGAGAAUUCUCCUUAAUCAUCAUUUAGCUACCUAUUACAUGUUCAAUAGGCUAUCUUUAAUAUGUGGAUUUCAUGGCAAGCAUGGUGCAAGCAGUAUUGUGUAUAUCUGAAUUAUUUGUAGUUUUGUUUCCGGUAAGGAGGUACUUUUGAGAAAAAGGUAAUCUGUAAUGUACAAUCCUGAACUCGAGGGAUACAGCUCAAGGGUCGUGUAUCUAACGUCAGUUCAAUACGUCAGUGUGUGGAACAAUGCAUAAAGUAAUAUAUGAACUCCCAGCGAGGCUAACUUCAUUUGACAGACAGAAA